CUUUCCUUUUUGCUCUGCUUAGUUUUUGCUUCAACUUUGAACGCAGUAAAUUGAAAGAAGCUGUUGCUGCUCUCCUUCUACGCUUUUCAUUCAGCUUUUAGCCAGUUGUACCCCUUUCAAUAGACCUCUAUUUAUUUGUAUUUAUUUCCUCUCCUCAAUUUUUUUUUUCUCUGGUUAAUUUAUUGAUGCUAUUUUAAAUUAAUUCCAAGGCUUUUUUUUUUUCCCUUCAUCCUUUUCAGAAAGAAACUCUCUUUUCCUUCUUUGACUGCAGACAGAUCGAUAAUCUCUUGAAAAAAAAAAAAAAGAUACAGCAGCACAAGCAUUAAGACUGUUUCAAGAAAACAAGAACUUCUUGGCUUAAAAACCGAAAAAUUAUACAACAGAAUGUGGAUCAUAUCUCGAGUUUUUGGAGAAUCACGGUGGACAAGAGCAAUAUUCUGUGCAAUCAUCUUUCAAGCGAUAUUGGCUAUUGUUUUUGAGGCUGUGAUAUUUGCAUUCCAUGCCAAUGAAGUAAACCAAAUUGAGAGUCUUGGUCUAUCACAAAAAGAACUAUCGGCUGUAUAUACAGCUUACGCAAAUGCCAGAUCACUCUUAGUUUAUUUCAUCCUAUUUAUAUUAGCACAGAUCUUCACUGUUAUACUCGUCGUAGAUGCUAUAUAUCAGCGAAAUACUAUUCAGCUCAUUGCGCUGGUCGCUUUUGAGUUGGGAAUGAGCGCUUAUUCCAUUAUACAAUUUCAUCAAUCCUCGACCUUAAUAGACGAUAAUACAACAGGCAAAUCGACCAUUGUUUUAGAAUACUUGAUGAAUGCUUAUCACUCAGCGAAAUGGGCCGAAAUCACACAGAUAUGCAUCAUGUUUGUUAGCACAAUCAUCUUUAUAUUUUUAGCCUACAAACUGUAUUUAGAAUUCGGUUGGCAUAUUUAUAAAAAGAUCGGCGCAGACUUGGCUAUGCGAGAUCGCUACAAAAUGUAUCAAAUCUUCAUGAUGCUGCUGAAGUUUGAUUUUUUCUUUUUCUUGGGAUUUUCGAUACAGUACUUGGCAUUAUUGAUCGUAGCAUGGUGGCCCGAUGCUGAAUCCCAGGGGACACAAUCACAAAUUGUAAAAGAGCUAAUAGAGCAUAUAAUAUUAAGUUGUAUUAUCUCAGUAACCAUGUUGAUAUCAGCUUACUGGGGUUUACGGCGCGAGAAAAAAGUGCAUAUGUAUAUUUUUUUGAUUUCAUGUGCUGUGAGCAUGGGCUAUUAUAUUUACAUGCUGAUACAGAUUUCAAAAGAUCCGCAGAGGUUUUUAGGCUCAAAAGCAUUUUUAACAUUCUUCUUAUGCGUGGAUAUGGUUUUGAUUUUGGCAUCUGUACCUACUGCAAUCAUAUGCUUGAGAAAUUUCAAUCUUGGUUUAAUGAAUCAUAUCUCACAUGCUACUGCAUCAGCUACUUCGGCACACUCCAUGACUCAUUUGGGUAUAGAAAAAUCGAAUACUUCAAGGCGUUGGUCAAUUGAGUAAAUUCGUAUAUGGUAUUUUAUCACUUUCUGAAACCGUUUGUUCGUGCACUGACGAAGGACUCUACUUUCUUCUGCGACUAUUGUUUAUUCUUUACACUUCAAAGAUAUAGCUAGCGAUCUACACCUUACUAAUCUCCCUAAUUUUAUGGAUUUCCUUUAGCCACCUACCCCCCCCCCUCCAUUAUUGUAAUAUUAAUAACUAUCACUUAAUAAUUGUUCUACUGUAAUGAAUCAAUCCAAAAUAUGCUGUCGUAUUUUCAUAAUACUACCUUUUUAUUGACAAAUCCGAUUAUAACUCAAAAUUACAAAUCUUUGUUAUGCCUUAUACAGCAAAAUAGUAGUACGUGGAUCGUAGUGGAGCUGAGUAUAUUGGAUUUAUUGAGACAGCGAUAAAUAAAAGUUAUCAUUCGGUAGUAAUAUUGCUUGAAUUCCACAUUGCAAAUAAAGA